UUGUUCCAGUACAAUGAUUUCCAUCUCAUAUAUCAGACGUGAUGUAGAUAAAUAGAUAUAUAGUUUAAGUAUAUAGUGUAAAUAUUUGUGUAUAUAACAAUGGGUGCCGUAGUAAAUAAUACAAGUAUGCGGAUGCAGUAUGUGAUAGCAGCGUGCUUAUACAUAGGACAGUUUGGUAUAGGGUACAACCUGGGCUGGACAGCACCAGUGCUGGCCAAGCUCAAGGAUCCGGAGCAGACGCCGCUGAAUGACGUCAUCAGUGAUGGAAUGUCUUCCUGGAUUGUGUCUUUCAUUUAUUUUGGUACUAUUUCAGGUCCAUACAUCUCAGGGUAUCUUUGUAACGUGAUAGGCAGGAAGCCUUGCCUCUUCUUAGGCGGGUGUGCCCAUUUCACAGCCUCCCUGACUUUGGCUAUGUCCAAAAAUGUGGCUGUAAUUCUCACAGGACGUGUACUAAGUGGUCUGGGCAAUGGAAUCAUUUACGUCACUAAUUUGAUGUACCUUGGCGAAAUGGCAUCCACGAAAAUCCGCGGCACAUUACUCACCCUGACAGGAUUAUCCAGCACAUUUGGUACUCUAGUUGUAUACUCUGUGGGACCAUUUGUGUCCUACGCUACGAUAUCCUGGCUGUCCAUGACUAUCUCAGGAGUAUACCUCGUUGCUUUGUUCUUCAUUGUUCCUGAAACUGCCACGUACCAUGUUAUUGCUGGCAAGAAAGAAGCAGCAAUAGCAAACCUCACACUACUAGGCAGACAGAACGACAUAGAAGAAGUAGUAACCAAAGCAAGCCAAAAGCCUCGAUCAAAAAGAGACCAGAUGGCAGAAAUGUUCACAGUAAAAUCGAAUAGAAGAGCAUUAUUCAUAGUUCUAACAUUAAGUGUGUUACAACAGAUGAGUGGAGUUAUACCUUUAACGGCUUUUGUAACUAUAAUAUUUGCUAUGACCGGUUCAACGAUAGAAGCUCAUGUGUCUACUAUCAUUGUUGGACUGACCCAAAUCUUUGCUGCUAGUAUUGCACCUUUACUUGUGGAUAGAAUUGGAAGGAAGAUUUUGUUGCUCGUCUCUACUGCUGCUUGUUCUUUGAGUAUGGCUUCCCUUGGGACCUAUUUCUACCUCUAUAACAAUGGAUACGCCAUCGCUGAGGACUUGCAAUGGCUGUCUCUAGUCUCUUUAAUGUUAUUCUUCGUUUUUUAUUUUAGUGGUUUCGGCAUAAUCCCCAAUACAUUCAUUGGCGAGAUGUUCACGGACACCUGUAGAGGAUUUUGUUCCACCUUCUCCGCAACUGUCGGCUGGAUCAUCGGCUUCGGCGUCACCACCUCCUUUGGCUACAUUCUCUUGGCCUGGGGACCCAGCACCACUUUCUACAUCUUCACCGCAACCUGCACCAUCGCCUUCCUAUUCAGUGCCACUUUCGUUCCUGAGACAAAAGGCAAGAGUCUCUUGCAGAUUCAAGAGUUCUUAGGAAAGUGAUUCUUUAACUGUGAUAUUUUUUAUUUAUGAGUAUUAAAUGUUUUUGUUUUAUA